AUGAGUGAGGAAGAGGUUAAUGGUAGCCAAGCAGGUCAUCAGGACGGUAUCACUGAUAUCAAUAAUGUUUACAACCCAUCUCAACCAGGUGAAAUGGGUGCAAUUUGCCUACCACAAACUGAGUGGAAUGCAAUAUUUGAGUUGAGUUUAUUUUCAGCACAAUUGAAACUUAAAAUCACAACAGAAGAUGAUGAUAGAGGGUUGGUUGUGGUUACUCGUAGUGGAAAGGUAGCAAUAGGUGACAUGACAGGCAAUAAAGAAGCUCAAAUGUAUGAAGAAAACAAAGGUAUGGAGGAAGAAGAGACACCUAUUCAUCAAAGCAUUGCCAAAGAACCACAAAAAGAUGUGGAGAAAUACAAUCCAAUCCCAAAAGUUAUGCAACCUUUACCCAAAAUAUCUCAUCCAUUUCCCCAACGUCUCAAGAAGAAGAAUGAGGAUGAGAAGUUCAAGAAGUUUUUAUCGAUGUUUAAGACAUUAUCAAUUAAUCUCCCUCUGGUGGAAGCAUUGUUGGAAAUGUCGGGUUAUGCCAAAUUUAUGAAGGAGUUAGUCACAAAGAAAAUGAGCUUGGAUUUUGAGACAAUCGAAGUUUCUCAUAGUUGUAGUGCAAUUAUGACUAAGGAGCUGAUCAAAAGGAGGGAAGAUCCUGGAGCAUUCACCAUCCCUUGCACCAUCGCCAUGUUUCAAUUUGCUAAAGCCCUAUGCGAUUUGGGAGCAAGCAUCAACCUAAUGUCAUAUGCGAUCUAUAAACAACUUGGGUUGGAUGCUGAAAUUCCCAUCAUUUUGGAAAGACUAUUCUUGGAAACUGGGAGAGUGUUGGUGGAUGUUGAAAGCGGAGAACUGAAGUUUUGGGUGAACGAAGAUGAAGUAACCUUUAUUGUUUGUAUGUCAAUGAAGCACCCAAGUGAUAUUCACGUGGUCUCCACUGUUGAUGUUAUUGAUGAGGCGGUGGCUAGUGCUAUGAAUGUAGUAGCUGCUCUUUCAGGCUUGGGGGUGGGAUAUUCAAAGACUCCAUUGAAGUUGGACAUUGAUCUAAAAAAUCGAGAAAGUCCUCCCGCAAAGCCAUCAACAGAAGAACCACCAAAUCUGGAGUUGAAAGUACUUCCCUCUCAUCUCCGAUAUGCUUUCUUGGAGGAAAAUAACACCUUACCGGUGAUCAAUGCAGCUGACUUGCUCGAAUGGCAGCUUGAUAGUGAUUGUAAGCCGAGUGUUGAACAUCAGCGAAGAUUGAACCCACCAAUGUUAUAUAAUGCUCCGGCAAGAUUUCAGCGCUACAUCUUAUCUAUUUUUGCUGACAUGGUGGAGGAUUCAAUAGAGGAAAAAUGCCACUUCAUGCUUAAGAAAGGUAUAGUUCUUGGUCACAAAGUGUCGCAAAAGGGGCUGGAGGUUGAUAAAGCGAAGUUUGAAGUAAUUGAGAAGUUACCACCACGAAUUUCAAUAAAGGGUGUUCGUAGUUUCUUGGGACAUGCCGAUUUUUAUCGGAGGUUCAUCAAAGACUUCUCAAAGAUCGCACAUCCUUUAUGCAAACUCUUGGAGAAGGAGGUGAAAUUCCAUUUUGAUGAUGCUUGCAUGGUGGCUUUCAAGUGCUUGAAAGAAAAAUUGGUCUCCACCCCGGUUAUCAUUAGUCCCGAUUGGUCAGAAUCCUUCGAAGUAAUGUGUGAUGCAAGCGGCACGGCAUUAGGUGUUGUAUUGGGGCAAAAAUGCAACAAACUAUUUCACCCCAUUUACUACGCAAGCAAAACUCUAGAUAGUGCUCAACAUAAUUAUACAGUUACAGAACAAGCGUUACUUGUGGUAGUUUAUGCGUUUGAGAAGUUCCGGGAAUACUUGCUAGGUACUAAAGUGGUUGUUCACACUGAUCAUGUUGCACUGCGUUAUUUGAUGGCAAAAAAGGAUGUCAAGCCAAGAUUGAUAAGGGAAAAUGACGAGCUGGAGAUCGACAUAAAUGAUUCUUUUCCCGAUAAACAUGUAUUCACGGUAAUUCUUAAACAACCUCCUUGGUAUGCUGAUUUUGCCAAUUACGUAGUGUGUGGAAUAAUGCUGGACGAACUGAACUUCUACCAACAAAAGAGGUUCUUGUUCGAUGUUAAGAAGUACUUUUGGGAUGAACCAUAUUUAUACAGAGAGUGUGCAGACCAUAUCAUUAAGAGAUGUGUUCCGGAAGAAGAAGCCAUCAAAAUUCUCCAUGCUUGUCAUGCUUCACCGGUUGGGGGUCAUCAUAGUGGUGUACGUAUGACUGCUAAAGUCCUCCAAAGUGGCUACUAUUGGCCGUCAGUCUACAAAGAUGCUUAUGAGUUUGUUAAGAAGUGCACUCAAUGCUAG